AUGAGGUCAUCAAGGAACCAAAAUUGCGAAGCAGUAAAUGGCUAUCUACAUCAGUGCCAGAAAAUAGAUGGGAAGAGCCCAUUGCAAAAUUUUCAUCUCCUGAAUACUUCACUAACAAUUUACUGGUUAGUAUUGGAACGUUCCGAACAAAUUGUUGUUUCAACUAGGAAUCGUGAUAUCGUUAUUUCUCUUAUUGAUGAAGACUAUGCAUGUAUCAAGGAUCAUGUGAGAGAUGGUAUGAUAAUUUUACCUGAAAGCGCUAUACUAGUAUUGACGUGGCAAACGUUGGCUAUGUCGAUGGAUAUGAAUUUUGAGGAUCUUUCAGUAAUAUUCAAGGAUAUAAAUUUCAACACUCAAGUAGAAUUAAAACCAGAAAACUUACUAAAUCUUAGCAUUUCUAUAACAAAGAAGAAAGGCAGAUUCGAGGUAGUUUAUAACAAUGAAAUAAUUGUAACUGGUUACAUAGUCGAAUAUGAAGAUGAUCCAAUGAGAAAUGUUAACCAUUCUAGCACCAACACAAUAAACGACGUAACUUUGUUUGCAGCAGAUAUUUACAAAUUCCUUAACCUUCGAGGUCACGUGUAUACAAACCAAUUUCAAUCUCUUCAUUCGUUAAACCUUAAAUGCAAUGAAGCAUACAUAAAUUGGACUGGUGAUUGGAUCACGUUCCUUGAUGGCUUAAUACAGAUCAACAUAUUUGCAAAUAAACACAAUGGUGUAUCUAGACCGAAACUUAUAGAGAGUUUGACUAUUGAUAUUUUUGAGCACACCAGAGGACAUUACAAAUCUAACAUUGAUGGCGUUAUUUGCUAUAAAGCAGACUAUUAUGAGAACUUUAAUAUUCUAAGAAGUGGCGGUGUUCAAGUUGUGAAUGUUAAUUUUGAAAAUCUUAUCCCUCAGCGGGUCGAAUCUGAUUUCUUAGGCUCGUUACAGUUUUGGCCACACUUUUCAGAAACAGAACUCGAAUUAAAUACAGCUAUCGCAAUAAACAUGCAAAUUAUUGCUGAUGCUACUCUGCAAAGGGGCAUUAAAAUAACAGAGCUUAGAACAUCAAACAUAAAUAUCAUAUCAAAUGCUAUACAGGACGUAUCAACUCAGCUCCCUAUAAAACUGAGAUUUAAUCAUAUCAAUAUUGAAAAUGGAAAACUAAAUCUUCUGAGGAAACAUGAUUUAUCUCAGUCAGAAGUAUUAGUAGUUUAUGACUUUGUAAUGGAUACCGAGAUGAUGGCUGCAAUAUAUGAUCAGCUACCAAGCAAUGGAUUUGUUUUUUCGUUAGAAAAAAGAAACAAUAAAAAAUACAUCAUUCAAACUGACUAUUUUAAUAUUUUAACUGUAUUUCCUACUUAUUACGAUUAUACAUUAGUUUUAUUAAACAAAGUUGAAGUUAAUCAAGUUGUAAAAGACAAAGUUGUUGUAAAAGUUGAUGAUGAUAGCUUCUCUUAUAUGAAUACAUUAAAAAAGGAGCUUAACAAUAAUAAGAGGAUUGUACUACUUUACGAGAAACAAAACUAUUUUGAUCUAAAGGGUUACUUGAGAAGGCUACGGGAAGAAUAUCGAAAUCAAAUUAGUUUGUAUAUGAUACUAGAUGAAGGAUCGCCAGAUUUUAAUCUUGACAGCAAUUUCUACAUUAAACAGCUGCAAAAGAAUCUACCAUUUAACACACUGUAUAAUGGUGAAUGGGGAGGAUACUAUUACACAACGUUCAAUAAUUACAAAGAUAUUCCCAAAAAUUCUAAACUUAGUCUAACAGAAUUUGGAAACAUAAAUAGUUGGCACUGGGAGGAGAUAGACAAUCUGAAUAAAUCUAAUACUGUUGAGGUGCAAUAUGCAGGAUUAUCAUUAAAAGACGUAGAAAAAGUAUUCUGGAGACCAGUUAAUAACAAAAAAAUAUCUUUUGGUAUGGACUAUAGCGGUUUUGAUGCUAGGGGUAAUCGGGUGAUGGGAAUCAUUGCCGAUGGUGCACUUUCUAAGGAAAUUGAAUAUGAUUUAGAUUUACUUUGGCCCGUUCCAAAAACUUGGUCUUUAGAAGAAGCUGCGACAGUUCCUCUACCGUACGCCCUCGCCUAUUAUUCUCUGGCACUUAGAGGAACUUUGUAUGCAGAAACAACAGUUUUUGUUAAUGGUGGAGCUGGAGCACUUGGACAGGCAGUAAUAUCGAUAUGUCUAAGUUUAAAUUGUGAUAUAUUUACCACAGUUAGCGAUUCUGGCAAGAAAGCGCUUCUACUUAAACUGUAUCCUACAUUAAAAGAAAAUCAAAUUUUAAAUUCAAGAUAUGAUGACUUUUAUGCAUUUGUUAUGAAGCAAACCAAAAACAAGCGGUGCAACUAUGUAAUCAACUGUGAAAGCGGUAUAUUCCGCAAUGCUGCAAUAAAAUGCCUAUCAUCUCUUGGCGCCUAUUUAGAUUUAUCUAAUAAGGACAUGAUAAACAACAAACCCUUGGGCAUCGCAUUUUCAAAAGAAUGUAAAUGUUACUAUAGUGUCAAUUUUGGUAGUAUUUUUGAACCGAAAUAUUCACAUGAAAAGAAAUUAUUACAAUCAAUGAUAGCAGACGGCAUCGCUACGGGAGUCGUUAGACCACUUACUUACACCAUGUUCUCAUCUUCCGAAGUAUCCAGGGCCUUCAAGUUUUUAUCUUCUAGAAGUCAUAGAGGAAGGGUUCUGUAUGAUUUAAGAAAUCUGCUAAAUUCCAAUGUGAUGCCAAGGCUUGUAUUGAAUCCUCAAUUUGCAUAUGUCGUAGUGGGAGAUCAAGAUGAAUUAUGUGUUAGUAUAAUGGAUUUAUUAAUAAAACGUGGCGCGAAGAAAAUUUUCUUACAAAUAAGAUCUAAAGUGGUUUCUCCGUUCAUAGAGGCUAAGAUGUUACUAUGGAUGACUCUAGGUAUUGAGGUAAAAGUAAGCCGUUAUGGAAUUGAGGACGAAGAAAAAUGUAGACUUUUUAUAAGUGACACUGCAAAAUUAGGGCCAAUUGAAGGCAUAUUUAUUUCUCUGUACAAGAUAGCUGCUCCAGCAUAUAUAAAUGUGCCAAGAUCAAUAUCUAAUUUGGAUAAAUUAUCAAGAAACAUGGAUUACCUUAGAUACUUUGUAAUACUAGCAAGUAAUGUUAACAGUUCGGAAGAUGAACUUGUGUUCUCAAUGUGCAGUAAAAUAUGUCACUAUCGUAAUAACAUUGGUUUGAAUGCUCUUCUAUGUCGAGCGGAUUUCGUAGAUGAGUUCGAAGGUCUUGGCAAAAACCAAACAACGUAUCAAUCGAUACACCAAGUUUUAAAUAGCAUGGAAAAUAGUAUAAAACAAAAUUGUAGCAAUGUGAUAUCAUAUAAUACAAACAAAAAUGCUAAGAUGGAAUAUUCAAGAAAAUUAAAUGAUAUUUUAGGCAAACAAACAAACGGAACUAAAUUAGAUAUAAAUGCAUCAUUACACGAUAUUGCAAUAGAGAAGCUCGCAAUAAAAGAAAUAAGAGGUUUAAUUUUAGAACACUAUCAAGUUGCAGUAUCUGAGAGGAAACUUAUCCAAAUGUCUUUAUCCAGUAUCCAGAAUGUUGAAUACUAUUUAGACGACUUAAAUAACAAUAUCGGGCUUGAUGCUAUAAUCUCGUACGUCAAUGACGAUUCCUAUGAAGCAUGUGAUUCAUUCAAACAAAUGUUAACGUUGACGAAUAAUAUUUCAGAGAAUCUCUUAGACAUGGAUUAUGUUGACCCUGCUGCUGAAUAUUUGAUUUUAAUUCCUGGUUUUCAAGGCGAUUGUGGCAUGUUUGAAUCUUUAUGUUCCACUCUCAAAAUCAAAGGAAUAACUGUCCAACUUGGACCAGAUUUGGCAGCAAAUACUAUAUCAGAAAUGGCAGAAAGUAUAUUGAAGAAUGCAGUAAUAAAACUAGAAGAAAAGAAUAAAUUUUAUCUCUUGGGAUACUCGUUUGGUGUUAAUAUUGCUUUGGAAGUUGCAGCAUUAUUAGAAAAGAAAGGCAUCGUUGGUACAGUUUUUUGCCUAGACAGUAGCCCAGAUGCUUUGCGUGUACAACUAAAUACGUAUACCAGCGAUUUGGCAGACGAAGAAUUACAAAACGUACUAAUUGAUCAUAUUUAUUACUUAAUAACUAAAGAAACAAACAACAAACUUAAAGAAGAAAUAAAAAAAAUUAACACGUUUGAAGAAAAAGUUAAGGUUUUUGUCAAAGAAACAAAAGAACGUGUGCCUUAUCCUCAAGAAUAUAUCAGACUAAGUGUAGAAUCAUUAUAUAACAGAAUUUUACUGGCUAUGAAAUAUAACCCUACAUUUAUGCUUGAAUCUGAAAUAGUUCUGCUAAAAGCGAUCAAUGAUUCAAAUGCUGAAAUUUUACCAUAUGAUUAUAAUUUGGCCAAUUAUACCAAAAAACCAGUAAAAGUAGUAAAUAUUGAAUCGAAUCAUACUACAUUGCCAUUUAAUGUUAAUGUGCCGAAUGAAAUGAAGGAGCCAAGAGUUAUUGGAGACCUAAAGUUACAAUGCCUCGGUGGUGUAGCGGCUAGCAUGUACGGCUGCACACCUGGAGGUCCUGGGUUCGAAUCCCGGGUCGGGCCAAGUUUAGUUAUUGAGUCUUUCUGUAUAGAAGUAAUAGCCCGGAGUUUGGAAGUUGGCGGUGUUUCACCCCCGUGCCUCGGAGAGCACGUAAAGCUGUCGGUCCUGCGCCUUAUCUCUCACCGGUCGUGUCGAGUAGUCGUCCCAUCGGAGUAUGAGAGUGACAGGAAUAGAGAGUGCACUUGUGUCUGCGCGUACACU